AUGCUGCAAAAGAGGCCGCUGGAGGCCCCCGCGAGGGCCCCGCCCUUCAAGUUCCGCAGACUUGAAUUCGGCCGCCUGGCCGCAGCAGUUCAGCAGCGAUCUUGGCAGUUCUGCGCGGCCUCUUCGCUGAAACUUGAAUUAAAUGAAGUUUUAAAGGACCCUUGGAGCAGCAGCAGCGCUUUGCUGCUGCUGGAGCGCACGCGGGCUGUGCAGCUGCAGCACAGCCGCAGCAGCAGCUGCCGAGCGGCGCAGCAGCAGCUGCUGCACUGGAAGCGCCCCCGGCUCCCGCGCAUGCAAAGAACCACCCCUGCAGCAGCAGUGGUCCACUGGUCACCUGUCUUCAAGUACAGCUUUCUGCCUUAUUCGCAAGUGCUGCCCGCAGCAGCGCUGCUGCCGAUCCCAGCUCCAGGUGUACAUACACCACACGCAGCCAGCCGCAUGCAAAGCGCCACCGCCGAAUUAGCAGCAGCAGCUGCAGCAGCAGCAGCAGCAGCAGCAGCAGCAGCAGCAGCAAAAAGGCCGCAGGCCGUUCAGCUUUCCGCGCCUGGGGGCCGCUGUUUGUGGCGAGUUGGGGUGUACAGACACCUGGCGAAACGCCAGCGCAGCACUUUUGGAACAAUGCAGCAGCAGCAGCAGCAGCAGCAAGAAAUGAUGCAGCAGCGCUGCUGCUGCUGGACUGCCCGGAGCCCGUUUGCAGUAAGCUGUGGUGUACAGACACUCGAAAAGCGCCUUAAUGCUGCAGCAGCAGCAGCAGCAGCAGCAGCAGCAGCAGCAGCAGCAGCAGCAGAUGUGCGCUCGCAGCCGAGAUCUGCUGCUAGCAGCAAGUGCGUGCCGGGGGGCGAUUUGCUGCUGCAGCCCUUAGAGGAGCUGCUGGCGCCUGCUGCAGCAGGAGCAGCAGCAGCUGCAGCAGCAAGAGCAGCAGCAGCAGCAGCAGCGCUGCAUGUUUUUGAGGCCAAGUUAGGAGGAGUUGAAUUCAAAUGCUGCUCCUGCUGCUCCUGCUGCUGCUGCUGCUGCUGCUGCUGCUGCUGCUGCAGGACGCGGGAAAUUCUCUACGCCGUGGGGGAGCCGCAGGAAGAAGAGCUGUUGGAGCAGCUCUUGCGUUUGCCGAUUGAAAUCUCCCGCUGCUUCCUCGUGGCCCAGAGCUGGGGCUGCGCCUUCGCGCUGAGGGCGGGGGCGGCGCUGUCUGCAGUCUCUGGGCCCCAAGUGCUGCUGCUGCUGGCCUUCUCUCCAGAGCACGCGCGGUCUAUUUUGCACGCCGUGGCGGCCAGUGGGCAGCAGCGGUGA